CCGACGCAGAUGAGUACACCAAGUUAUGUCGCGCGGCGAAUUCCGGCUGUCCGGGUGAUGCCGAAUUAGUAAAUGCGCAAUGUGUGCGGCCAGUCGUCGCUGGUAGCGGCGUCACCACACUCGAUUUGACGCUCGUGGUUUCCGGUACCUACGUUCCAUCACUCAACGGAAAGAUUCCAUCUGCGAACUUUGAGUGGAGUUCGAGAUUGGCGACGGUUUUGGGCCUGCCUUUACAGGAGGUGCAGGUGGCCACGCUGUGGACGCCGCUUCCGACCGAAAUCGAAGCACUGAAGUGGAAAUGGCGCAGGCAAGGGCUAAAAGAACCCGGUGAACUACGUCGCCGCAAACUACUGCACCCAACUCCAAACAAAAACUCUGCUUCUAAACAAGAGGACGAGAAGGAAAACACGGAGGCCGAGGCACUACAACGGAAUAAAGCCUCAGCCGAAAACAUGAAACAAGCGAAAAUAAGUACGUCUGGUGCUGAGCCUGAGGACAUCUUGAAAAGCAGAAGCAAGAUGCGGACCGAAAAAACGAAUCGACCAAGACUACGCCGGACAUCCUUUUUUAGAAAACGCGAGCAUCUUCUGGAUGAGAAGAUCUCCAAGGACCAUCCACGAGCACGAUCACGAAUAGCCAAUACUUUUAAACAGACUUCACCGACCAAAGACGUUUGCACACCGUUGGCAAAAACUGGGGAAGAAGCAGCUGAGACAGACGCAAGAAAGCAACAUCAAAACCAAGGCAGAGCCAGAGGGCUCCAACUUGACCCCUCUUCGUCCGACCGACGGUUAGUGAUCGCCCUUCAUGUGGAAACCAGGCGGGGACUUGACAGUACGUGCUCCGACAUUUCUACCUUCGAUUGGACUAAGCUUCUAGGAAUCGUAGGUCACACCGUGACGCUGUUGCACGGUCCCGAGCUCCAAGCGCAUGCCCCGUCAGUCGGCACAUCACUCUCUAGUUAUCAGAACUGGCUCCAGCUGAAGACAACGCGUACAGCUUUGCCGCCUUUGCACACGGCAUGGGAGAUCAAUACGGAAAAGCGGCAUCUGGGGGUUACCGCGCUGACUUAUGGGCUCGGCAGACUCAUGUGAGAGAGUUCGCUCAAGUUAUAAGUACGCAAGAAGUUACUAGAUAGAAGAUCCUGGACGCCUGCGGUCUUUGAUACAACUACGGUUGUGCAUCUUCGUUAGGCAUAGUGCACGGAGGAAUGUAGCUCUAGCAGGGACGGAUGCCUAUUUUGUUUCCUAAACAACUCCCUUCAUAUCCAAGAGUAUGCCGAAGAGUGGAGCUACCUCAGCUGUAACCAGGCGCUUCCAAACAUGCGAGUUCCGACAGUCCUCACAUGUGAGCAUGUCUACCCGGAUACAACGAGUGAAGACCCUUCUGUUAUGGUGGUCAGUCUGUUUUCUCCACUCCUGCUUUGUGCCAUUUGUCUAAGUAAGGAUGAGUGGUCUUGAUCUUGAUAUACUUAGACAAUUGACAACAAACGACAGGCAUCGACAUUGACGCUAGAAGCUGAUUGGCAUUGGAAACUGUUAGUUUAUAUGGCAAGAAUGGCUUCUUCGGUAGUCAAGAUACGACUACUUUCGGCAGCAGAUUACUUUACUCUAACUCUGGCAGCAGUGUCCUCACGACAACCGUACAGUUUCAGCUUUCCUACAAAACACGAGAGAUGGACUUCUCCACCAUUACAAGUGUAACAGAACGCAUCAAAGAGUCGCUAGCGGGUAGCAUAUUCGGCGAUCGAAAUCUAGCGUCGACCAGAAUGUACACGGCGCAGGCCAACACAGAAGGCAAACUCGCAGGGGGAUUGAAGUAAGAGCUUACACUUCAUCCUCAAGUUCUUUUUAUGGAGAUACAAGCUUGUACUUGACGUUAGAUCGAGGAUCAGGUGGGAAAUUCAAGUACUUUUUACAACAGCUGUGGUACAGUUUAGACAUGCUCCUGCUCUGUGCGCGCCAUGAGAUUCGGAGAAGAUGCACAGACCUUUGUCAAACCCAACUCUGGCCGCAUAUAAUGAAGCUGGCGUUUAAAGAUGCACAGAUCUUUGUCAAACUAUAAUUUUUCCUAUUUUCAGUUAUAACGAAGCUGGCGUUAUGGUGCAGGCUUUCAUGCAAGCACCUGGCUGGAAGAGCUACGACUCAGAGGUUGGCACUAGCGCAAUUCAGAGCUUCUGCUGUUCAGAGGCCAACGGCCUCAAAUUUCGGCAGCAACUUUUUACGUAUCUUCAGACCGGUAUCAGCUCCGGUAGCAAUAACGCAUUCGAGGCCUUCGAACCAUACAUGGACACGAAAGACACGAGCUUCAUCGAUUUCUUAUGACUUGAAGAUGCAGUUUAGAAGCGUUGCCGCGGAUGGAGCAUCGGGGGAGGAGGCAAGGACAAGAAAAUAUCUGUCACGUGCAAGUUGAAAAAUGUCCAACUGAAGACGUCUCCCUGUCGUGUAUCCAGGAGCUUCGGAACUGUGUUGACAUCAGGCAAGUCCAUGUAAGUAGCUCCUUUCUUCAAAGCAAGCUCUAAAAUCUUGGAUUACAAGCCCACAAGUCCGAUAUUCCUAUCGUGUCGAAGGCCUCCUGAGUGUCUGUUCGGAGGACUUCGUCGCCAGUUCUCAAACUUCCUGCACCACGGACGCGCCGCUCGAAGGAAGUCCAGCGGCGACAAACAACAAUAUUUAUGCUGCUGGCAAGAUCAAGUAACAUAAACAUCUCUUUUUUUUCACUGGCCAGCCACAGGCUUUUUGUGAGUCAAAUUCUCAACACAUAAUUCAAAUUUUUGCCCUAUAGUAUACUGAAUCACAAUAUAAUUUUUGACGUAAUACUUGUGCUUGGUAAAAAAUUCUCCUCCAAUAGUACUUACACUUGUAGAUUUCUUUCUCCACCUCACGCAUCGGGACAGCUUUAACGAGUUGCUGGGAACAAUGCUGGCGGAACGACAUUAAGUGGCGCAGCCGCGACGCCGACUGCCGCGGAGCAGUUGUGCUUGAACCAAGACACAUACUGUGGCUGCGACGCAAACAACUGCAAGUGGAACGCGCUCAACGGCUGUGUCCUUUCCGCAGGUACAGCGAUCUCCUGCUCACAGUGCCCCACCAUGAUCGGGAAGUGUCCGAACGCUGCCUGCGCGGGAUUAACGACAGCCUGUCUGUGCGCAACGAGCAGCAUCUUUAAGACUUCCCGUAAGUCAUCUGGAGAAGCAUCUUGACACGUUUUCAAGGGGAAAACACGCCAAAGAUGCUCUCCAAGAUGAAUUGAGGCAAGCUCUAACAUGUGUGGUUGGGACAGUACGACCUUCAGCUGUCGGACAGGCGGGGUCGGCGUAUCGUGUGCGAGCUGCGCGACUCAACCGCAGUGCAUGCCGCCUUACAUGUAUGACGCGCAGAUGGAUAGAAGAUUCAUACAUAAGUACAACAGCACUUAUUAUAGUAAAUCUAAAUCAAUUAUAAGUAUUCAGGAAUGUGAAUACAUCAACAGUUCUACAUCCCUUACUUAAAUCGAUAGCGGAUAUCAUAUCAGCUAUCGACUUGCAAACCAGCAAAAGCAUGAUACAUGUUGGAAGGCUCAAUAUCUGAGACAUAGUUCGGCACUAGGAAUCCACACGAAAUGGUCUUGCUUACCCUUUCUUCCUUUUUCAUAUUUGUAUUUCUACCUUGCCUGCGACCCAGGGUGAAAUUCGCUUGUCGAUAUUGGAUAUUUCUCUCCAGUUUUCCGAGACUGUCGCUCUCGCGAGCACUGCAGCCACCAAGGCCUGGGCAACUGUUCGCUGUGCCGAUGUGACAGGUGUGAACCAAGGCGAAAGAAAUGUCGCGGCUACACAUCGCAUGCAGGGCGAGUACCUCCACUUCGAUCAAGUCUCCUUGCCAGUACUUGUGAAUUUGCUAGAUAGAGAUUGAGAUCGAUACAUAGAUUAGUCAUCUGCAUAGACUCAGAAUAAGCACGUUUACGUCAUGCAGCCAAGCUUCUAUUCGAAUGCCAAAUCAAAAGUUGAUUUCUUAUUUAUGUAGCUCUCUAGUUCAGUGCCCCCAGAGAGGAGUCGAACCCUAAAUUCCAAAUCAGCUCGAUGCCGUUCCGAACGCAGAAACACGGUCCUGUUGGCUGAAAAUCCUCGCGGAUUCUCUCUUUGAUGCACACGGCCUGGCCUUUCCCGGUGUCGACCACGAGUUUGUGUUGUUAGACUCGGUCCCGCCGUACUUAUCUAACUUCGGACCCCGUGUCAGUGCCAGGAUUCAGUCUGCCGAUGAUGCUCCAGACGACGACAAAUUGGAUACCGAAGUCCAAACGCACUUGACUAUGGUUUUCGCAGAACCAGUUCUAGUUGAUGUCAUGUCGCUCACCUCCUUGCCCUACUAUCGAAGAGCAGACCACCCAGACCAAGCGCAAUACCACACCAAGCUGCCCCACGCAGAGAUCCGACGACAGGGCACGCACACAAUCAAGAUUGAGCUUGUGACGGUACUGAACACGAUCCUGUGGGAAAUACCUUACGUUCUGCACAUUCCGGCGGCUUUGAUAACGGACUUAGCUGGGAACACUUUCGGAGGCAUACCGUGCAACGACGCACUCAGCGUUGUGUCUACUUGUUACGGGGCGCCGACCGAGUGGCAUUUCAUGAUGAAGCGAAGGGAGUACGCUGCCCCCGCUACAGCAGAGGCCGCCUCGGAAGCUGCAAUUACUACUGAUGAAGUACCUACAAUUACACCAGUGGUCUCCAACUCACUCAUGUCAAAUUGAAUUUAGAUCAAAGCGACGACGAUACUCAUCGUUCUUCUUCUUCUUUGACGUCAUGAAGCCAAAAACAAUAUCAUCACAGAUUAUUCUCAUUGCUGGUCUGGCUGCUGUGAUCAUCCUGUUUCUUGUGAUUUUGUACUGUCUCGCAAGACACUACCGGCGACAUCUCGAACGCAACGAAUAUCAAGUUAAUCCGACGAUUCAUUUUUCCUCUAGUAAAUAUCUUGCGGAAGAGCGUCGACGCUCGUACCUAGACCCCGACAUGCCUGGCAACGGGGUGUGGAAAAAUCUUCCGACAAAGGUUGCGCCAUCGGACGCAUACUUGCAACCACCGAGUACCGAUCCGUCCUUCCGUUCGGGUUCGCCAGCGGGAUCCGGCGUGGGCAGCAGCAACCCAGGCGGAACGCCGAGCGGGCAACGUGGUGCUGGUGGCAUGUUUUUUGAAGCCAACUUCAACUUUCCUUCUGGAGUCGGCGGAACGCCGGCGGGCGCAAGACAAGGCAGCAAAGUGAGUAAUGGAAGCGGGCCGAGUGGUGGUCCCGCUGGAGGAGGCACUAGCCAGAGAGUGCCGGGUGCGGGGGGAGAUCCUGCGAACAACGGCCCGCGUCAGGCGGAAGCAGAGGGAGAGGAGCGGACUAAACUGAACUGGCGAGCGGCAGCACGCGCUGCGAGGGCUUUCGAGCGUUCGUUCAUCCUCGGCGGGGGUGGCGAUAAACGGCUGCAUCGUCGCGCGAGCGCACCCGGAGAAGGCGCUGCACGCGAUGCGCGUGGUAGAGGCGGCAAUAAAUCUUCGGGAGUUUCUAGUUCAGAAGAUGAUACUGGCAGAGGACGGCGAAGCGGUGGCUUCUUUCGUAGCUCUGCGCCUGGAUCCGGAAAUGCAGGCGCCGGUGCUGGUGCACCAACGUCGCCGCGAAAACAGCCGAACAGUGGUAGUGCACAACAGCAGCAGCAGCAGAGCGAUGCCGCAGGCGAUCAACAACAGCGCGCGUCGUCGAAUCACGCGGGAGGCGAGCACCAGCGAGGUCAAGGUAGCAAACGGAAUUCCGGGGCAGCUGGAGGAGCGGGGGCGCAAGCGGGUAGCGCGCCAUCGGGGCACCAACAGCCAAGCGGUUCGAGACAUCGCCGUGCAAGUACGGGCGAUGUGUCUCAGGGAGGCGGAGCACAGAGUGGUCCAUCAAGCAAGCAACAAAGUACUCCCGCUGGUGGCGGCAGCAAAACAAACAACGGAGCGGGACAGCAGCGGCAAGGAGGCUCUGGUCAGCAACAGCCAAACGCAGGAGGACAGCAAAAACAGCAGAAGCAACGUCGUGCUUCUACUGGCAAUGCGGCAGGCCCUGGGCCGAGCGCUGGAGGCGCCAAAAACGAAGCGCCGCCAAACCCCACCUUCAAGAUCCCCCAACAUCCGGACGACCCAAACACCGCCAAGCACACCAAAGAAGUGGAGAGUAUUCUGAAGGCACAUGCAGGAAAGAAUUAAGGUUUACCGUAAUUCAUCCUAAGAAGCAUCAUUACGAAGGGGCAAAUGCGUUAAAGAUGCUUUUGAAGAUGAAUGGAAGUCAGCUCUAAACGAACGCGGAAGAGAAAAAGAAGGUACUCCGAGAUCUCCAACUCAAAUAUCAUCCAGACAAGAACGAGGAAAAAUUCGCGAAAACCGUUUUUCAAUUUGUGCAGGGCUCAAAACCGUGGUUUUUACAAGACAUCUAGGACAAGAAAACGUAUCAUGUCGCGAGGGCUAGACAAGAAAACGACCCUUGCUCCCGUCCUACUGCGCAUCUCGACCUUCUACUCUACUACCCUCCUUCGCCUAUCACUAUCAUUAUGUCUCUGGAAGUUCUUGCAACAUUUUUUCUCGAUUCGAUUCUUGUCAGUCAAUGAACGUCAAAUUGAACUCUUUUUCAUCGUUGUAAUUCUUCUUCUCUUUCUCUCUUGACAUUCUUGGUUGUCGUGCUUUUAUCCUUGUCUUGCAAUCUUGAUUGGGCUGCGUAGCAUGAAAGCACGAACGACGAAGCAGCACCAGAAAGUCUUGCGAUCUUGUUGCGGUUCUUUUUCUUGAUUGAUUAAAGUGGUAGUGAAAGUCGUGGUUGCCAAAGCGUCCGCACUACCGUUGAAGUUGUAAGUAUCAGUGCUAGAAAAUAGAACUGCCAGCCAGUGGUGUCUUCGCUCGCUGUUUCAACUUGCUUCAAGUAAUCCAUGAGUACUUUUUAUCAGAGCUGCUCUGAAUCUCAGCAAGCAGGCUGCUGUUGCUCUGAUGCCGACCCUUUCUGCCUUCUAGAAGAUGAUCGUAACUCUAAGUACUAAACAACGAUCCUGCUCCCUGGUAUUGUGCUCUUAGUGAAAACGCC